AUUGUAGUUCCUGCGAUCUUGACCUAAACAACAAAUAUGAAGUACUUAGUCGCUUGUGCCCUUUUGGCUUUUGCCAGUGCUGUUCCAUAUGGACAAAACCAGCAAUGGUCGCCGAUAGUCCGAUUCCAGCAACAAUCUAUGGGACUUGGCUCCAUCGUACAACCAAUUGAAGCCCUCCAGAACAACCAACAACAACAAAACAUUCUCUCGCAGUUGCUAUUGAAAGGAAACAAUCAACAAAACAUCGAAGGACUUUGGUCAUCAGAAUUGCAGUUGGGACAGCAGCUCUCUGUAGAAAUUGGACAAGUCUUGCAACAAGCUCAAUUUCAAAACAUGGGAAAACAAGGUAUCAGAAACAUUAUCGCUGAAGAAACCGCAGAAAAAAUCAUCCAAAAUGUCCUAAGGGCUCAAGAAAACCAAAUAAUCCAAGACAUCAACGUACUCCAAAGCAUUGUUCAACAACAAAACGUAGUAGUUCCACAAUCACAAUCUAUCAUCCAACAAGGUCAAAGCCAAGGUGUCAUCGAAGCCAUUCACCAAUUGCAACAAAUUUUGCAAAAGAUCCAACAAGUCGAAGUUUUGGAACAUGUUCAGUUAAAAAAAACCCUUCAAGCAGUUAUCGAGGCUCAAUUGAUUUCCCAACAAUUGCAGCUGAACGAUGUUCAAGUCCAUCUAGGUCAACAACCAAAUGUUCUGCAAAUGCAAAUCCAGAAAUUGGUUGCUCAAAACAUCGUACAAGGAAUUCAAAGAGAAAUCGUAUUGCAACAAAACCUCGUCCAGCAGCUCCAACAACAAGAACAAUUCGUUAACCAACAAAUCCAAAACGUUAGAAUUCAAUUGUACGUUGCUCAACAACAAGGGCAGUUGCCGCAACUCCAGCAAUUGCAACAGGUUCUACAACAAUUGAUUCAACAGGAAGGAAAAUUAGUAGUUCUUCAAGUUGGCAGCCAAUUGGCAAUCCAGAAACUCCAACAAGGACUUGUGCAACAAGCGCAACAGCUGGUUUGGGGACAACAUGUUGGUUUGGGACAAAACCUGGUUUCAGGACAAUUUUAACAACAGAAUAUUUUCAAAGUAUUGUCAAUUUGUUUAAUCAGCAAAUUGAGGAUAGGAACUUAUCCCUAAUCGUCACUGCUAUAGCUAAUGAUGUGUUUAGGUUAAGUUAACUGUUGAUUUUUAUUUUGUAAAAUAAAAUGAUUAUUUAUACUUUA